UUUGUUUUUGCUUUGGGCUGUAGGUUUCCAUUUUUGCUGGUAGAUAGAGUGGUCGAGUACAAUCCUGGGGUGUCGGCUGUGGCUAUUAAGAAUGUGACUAUAAAUGAUAAUUUCUUCCCUGGGCAUUUCCCUGAGAGGCCAAUUAUGCCAGGUGUGCUCAUGGUUGAGGCAAUGGCUCAGGUUGGUGGCUUGGUUAUGCUGCAACCGGAAGUGGGAGGCUCGAAGGAAAAUUUCUUCUUUGCUGGAAUUGACAAAGUAAGAUUUAGAAAGCCAGUUGUCGCAGGAGACACCCUAGUUAUGAGAAUGACACUUGUCAAGCUGCAGAAACGCUUUGGAAUAGCGAAGAUGGAAGGAAAAGCAUAUGUUGGCGGGGAAGUGGUCUGCGACGGUGAAUUUUUGAUGGCUAUGGGCAGUGAAUGAUUACUUUUAAUCUCUCAUUGUCUCUUUCUGAUGUGUUGCGCAAACCUUUUCCCUCUUUUUUCAUUUCUCUUCCGUUGGUGAGUUAUUUACGAAUAUUUUUCUUAGACUGAAUGACUUGUAAGCAUGUUUCAUGGUUGAAAAUUAAAUAACCAUACUUUUAAGUCGCAUAUUUUAUAAAUAUGAUUUUGAAGUUA